CGAUUCCAGAAAAAGGGUAUCUGUUACUAGUACCAGUACCCUCUUAAUUCUUCGCUCAAAAUCUUCACUCAGUUCAUAUUUCAUUUUGGCUUAAUGCCCAUGUACUUUGUAGGUUAUGCAGCAUCAUAUUCCAUCAGGGUCUUCAAGUGUUUUAUUUGUUUAAAUUUGUUGUAGAAAUUGAAUCGAAUCGAAUUUGGAAUGGGUACGCUCACUAGCUGUAGUUUCACGAGUACACUGAAUUUAGGGUUCCGUUUAAGACCUAAUCGUAUUGAUUUGGCGGGGCGGUUUCGACUUCACGACAGGAGGAAUGAUGGGUCUAGGAAGAACAGUUAUAUUUUGUGUAGUAGAGAGCUAUUAUCGAAAAAGAGGCGGAGAAUUAUAGGUUUAGAUAGUGAUAAUAAGAGUUUUAUUGGUGGAUUUGAGUGUUCUGCUAGUGGUCGUGAUGAUAAUAAUGACAGUAGUGGCAAUGGAGGAGAGGACAGUGAUGUGUCUAAGGAUUCAAUUUUGGCAACAAUUUCACCGGAAGAGACUACCGCUGGUGGUGAGGCUGAUUCCGAUAAACCGGUGCCUCCGCCUGCUUCUAUUUCAUCCAGGCCUCCAUCAAUAUCUCCGAUUGGAUCAGCAUAUAGCAACUUUCAAGUUGACUCUUUUAAGCUAAUGGAGCUUCUGGGACCAGAAAAAGUUGAUCCUGCUGAUGUAAAGCUCAUUAAGGACCAUCUUUUCGGCUAUUCAACGUUUUGGGUAACAAAGGAGGAGCCGUUUGGAGACUUGGGUGAGGGUAUUCUUUUUCUUGGAAAUCUUAGGGGAAAUAGAGAAGAUGUUUUUGCCAAACUCCAGAGUCAAUUGGCUGAAAUCAUGGGUGAUAAGUAUAACCUAUUCAUGGUAGAGGAACCCAAUUCAGAAGGACCAGACCCACGUGGUGGGCCACGAGUUAGCUUUGGUAUGCUGCGGAAAGAGGUUUCAGAACCCGGGCCAACAACACUUUGGCAAUAUGUUAUUGCUUUCUUAUUGUUUGUUCUUACCAUUGGUUCCUCUGUGGAGCUAGGAAUCGCCUCUCAGAUAAAUCAUCUUCCUCCUGAGGUAGUUAAGUACUUCACAGAUCCUAAUGCCAUUGAACCACCAGAUAUGCAACUGCUUUACCCAUUUGUAGAAGCCGCCUUGCCACUGGCAUAUGGAGUUUUGGGGGUUCAGUUAUUUCAUGAAGUUGGGCAUUUUCUUGCUGCCUUGCCAAAGAAAGUGAAGUUGAGCAUUCCCUUCUUCAUUCCCAAUAUUACUCUUGGAAGCUUUGGAGCAAUCACUCAGUUUAAAUCGAUUCUUCCUGAUAGAAAGACAAAAGUCGACAUUUCUCUAGCAGGCCCAUUUGCAGGGGCUGCACUAUCACUUUCAAUGUUUGCCGUUGGCCUGCUGCUUUCAUCAAAACCAGAUGCUGCAGCCGAUAUGGUGCAGGUUCCUAGCAUGCUUUUCCAGGGAUCUUUACUUCUCGGACUCAUCAGCAGAGCCACACUAGGUUAUGCUGCAAUGCAUGGAGCCACAGUGUCCAUCCAUCCACUUGUAAUUGCUGGCUGGUGUGGUUUGACUACUUCGGCUUUCAAUAUGCUUCCAGUUGGAUGCCUCGAUGGCGGAAGAGUGGUUCAGGGUGCUUUUGGGAAGGAUGCGCUCGUCGGAUUUGGUUUGACAACCUACUCAUUACUCGGGUUUGGAGUGCUCGGUGGACCUUUAUCGCUUCCUUGGGGAUUGUAUGUGCUGAUAUGCCAGAGAACGCCGGAAAAACCUUGCCUGAACGACGUGACGGAGGUUGGGACAUGGAGAAGAACAGCGGUUACGGUGGCGAUAUUCCUAGUUGUUUUGAUACUUUUACCAGUAUGGGACGAGCUAGCCGAAGAGUUGGGUAUUGGUCUUGUAACCAUAUUUUGAACUGUAGAACAAAAAUCAUACAUAUAUUAAUCUACAGUUUCAGAUUUAAUGGAAAGCCAGUAAAGUUCUUGUUAA